CUACCUUCCCUGGUUUAUUCUUUUGCCAAACUGGGAAACAUCGGUGGGGAUUGGAUGGUCUGGGUGCCCGGUAACAUCGAUGGGAAUUGGACCGUCUGGGUGCCCGGUAACAUCGGUGGAUUUAGUCUCUCUACCGGCCGUCAAUGUGACAGGGAUGGAGACACCCGGCACAUUCCGAAUCCCAGGAUGAAGACCAUGGAGCCCAGCCUGUUGGGCCUGGCCGGCCUCCUGCUGGCCGUGUUGAUUCCAGGGGUGGCGUGCGCCAAUAUCCUGGUGGUGCCAGUGGACGGCAGUCACUGGAUCAACAUGCGGCUCCUGCUGCAGGAGCUCCACGACCGCGGGCACUCCCUCAGCGUGCUGCACGCCUCCUCCAGCUGGUUCAUCCGCGAAGAGCCCGCCCUGUACCGCUCCAUCACUGUGCCGGCCGCAAAGAAGCUGGGCAUCAUGGAGGACAGGCAGAUGUUCUCCAAGCUGCUGAUGGAGACUCUGGAGGUCUUCCGGAACGGCUACACGCCCAUGGCCUUCCUGCGAAAUAACCUCAACCUGCGCCGCAUAGUCAGAGAGACGCACGAGGCCGUGCAGGGCUUCAUCACCCGGCUGUUCGAGGACCAGCAGCUGAUGGCCAAAAUAAAAGGGGCUGGCUUCCAGCUGGUGAUCACCGACCCACUCUACCCCACUGGAGCCAUGGUCGCCUGGCACCUGGGCCUCCCCCUGGUCAACAACGCCCGCUUUGUCACCAAUGGUGACUGCCACCAGCUGCUGGCACCCUCGCCCAUCUCCUACGUGCCGGUGGUGGGGAGCCGUCUGACUGACAGCAUGACCUUCGGCCAGCGCCUGUCUAACACCAUCCAGUACUUCAUUGCCACCGCCCUCAUGGGCAAAAUAAUGGAGAGUGGCUAUGAGGAGAUGUGCCAGCAGUACCUGGGGCCGAGCACCAACCUGCGGAAGGUGGUACUGGCCGCCGACGUGUGGCUGAUGUGGGUGGACUUUGUGCUGGACUUCCCACGGCCCACCCUCCCCAACAUGAUCUACGUGGGCGGCUUCCAGUGCAAGCCGGCCCAGCCCCUCCCUGCCGAGCUGGAGGCGUUCGUGCAGGGCGCUGGCGAUCCCGGCGUGGUGCUGGUCUCACUGGGGACUCUGGUGACCAAUCUCCCCGAUUGGCUGUCUGAGACCAUGGCGACGGCCUUCAGCCGCCUGCCCCAGCGGGUAGUCUGGCGCCACCUGGGUCCUCUGCCCCAUGGCCUGGGCAAUAACACCCUCGUGGUCAACUGGAUGCCCCAGAACGAUCUGCUGGGCCACCCCAAGACCGUGGCCUUCGUCUCCCACGGGGGCACUAACGGCCUGUACGAGGCCAUCUACCACGGGGUGCCGGUGGUGGGGCUGCCCCUCGUCUUCGACCAGUUCGACAACAUGGUCCGGCUGCAGGCCCGAGGGGCCGCGCGGGUGCUGGACACCACCGGCCUGCGGGCCGACGAGCUGGAGGCUGCCGUGCGGGACGUGGCGGGGGGCCCGGGCCUCUCGUACCGCCGUCACAUGCAUCGCCUGUCCGCCCUGCACCGUGACCAGCUGCAGACCCCGCUGCAGCGCGCCGCCUACUGGGUGGAGUUCGUGCUGAGGCACGGCGGCGCCCCUCACUUGCGGCCUGUUGGCCUCGACCUGCCCUGGCACGUCUACCACGGACUGGACGUGGCAGCGUUCCUGGGCGGGCUGGCCGUCUGCGGGCUCCUCUUGUCCGUCCUGCUGAUCAAAUGGCUCUGCAGAGCCCUGAGGGGAGACAAGCGGAAGCAGGACUGAGGGAAGGGCGAGCGGGGAGCCACAUAGAACAGCCGACAGUACGGGGCAACUCAGAAGAUCACCUCUGGCUCUCAGGUGACUUAGGUAAAGGGGGAGGGCGGAUAGACUCGGAUUUUGUCCUUUAACGUAUAGGAAAAUGUCAGGUGAUCAUACAGAAGUCUAGAAAUUUAUCGGUGGGGGGGCAUGGAGAUGAUGAACGGCCUCAGGGGGUAGGAGAGUGAGGGGUGACUAUACUGAAGCAUCAACAUUGACACAUUGGUGGAUUCUGGUUAAUUGGGACACUUUGGGACCAGUGCAUUUUGGCUGCCCAAAUUAGCCGAAGUUUCAUGGAAAUAGUUAAGAAUGUAUUAAACAGGACAAACUGAGUAUCAAAUUAUGUACUUAAAUAUGGAAAAAAAUGAGAACACUACCAAUACUACUACAGCACUGUGUAUUAGUUCCUUAUAGUUAUCAAUGAAGAAAUUCAUCCAAUGUACUCAAUAAAAAAAAUCAAUGCAG